UCUACUUGAUUACAACACGUUUCCUCAGGUCUGCAUGACACCUAUUUCACCUUUGCCAUGUAACCAUCCAGCUACAUCCAUAACCCACUUAUCCUCAAACAACUCAGAAGGACCCUUGCAUAUUAAAGACACGUUUGAUCCAACUCAGACCAAAGGAGUAAAAAACAUGCAUGCUACAGUAAUCUCCCUUUUGAUUUUAGGCUUCCUCAAAACCUAUGCAAACAACAUGAUGACUUCCCAUGUGAACAUCAUCAUGAAGAACCCACUAUCUUAUCUCCUUCACUUACUAAUAUUUACCCUCCCUUAGUUCAAACACCCAAACCUAAUACGACUCCAACAUUUGAACCACAGCAAUUGCCGCACUCUAUUCUCAAUGCAGAGACCAACGUUCAUAGGCAUGAGCCAGAGUCAGUUUCUGACAGCAAAUAUCCAAACCAACAAUCAGUUUUUUCAUCUCCCUCGCUUCACAAUGGUAGGUCCUCAUCUGCCUCAGAGUGCAUCACCUCUGAUAUACACAUCUCAGGUCAUGACCGUAGACCUUCCUCUCCAAUCUUGGUUGGAAAUAGGACUGCAGGGAUAUGCUCUAAUAUUUACUCUGUAACUCAACAACCAAGAGGUGGUGUUGCUCAUACAGAAUCCGACUCAUUUAGCAAAAAUUGUGACAGAAAGAAUGAGGUUGAGAAUGGAAGCUUACAAUCAAAAUUAAUGGUACACGACCCAAACUCCUUUUCCAAUGGAUCACUAAGCUUCCAGCUCCACCCAUCAACCAGGGCCAUAUCAGAUAGCCCAGAUGAGUCCAACUUAGGAUCAAAUUGUCAGUUUACUACCCUUUUACCCACCUCGUCAUAUGGGUCAGGUAUAUGCUCCUUGGUUUCAGCCUCUGGACUCUUUCAAUCCACUCUGCCCUUAUUCAAGCCCAUUGAGUCCACUAAAGAGUCUCACCCCACCAAAUAGUCCAGUGCAAUCACAUCCUCCAUCUCCACAAGAACUAGAGAGAGAUACAAGAGAGGAACUGAUAACAAUUCUUGCGGAGAUGAGGGAGACACGAACGGAAUUUUGGUGGUUAAAAGGGAUCCAAUUUUACAACCUCAAAGAACAAUUUGAAAAAAAAUUCAUUCUAAAGUGUCCACCGGAAAUGAUAACACGCAGUCUCAAUUUCCGUCAAACCACCAACCCAGAGGUUGGGAAAUAUGCCAUGGUGAUCAUUCCGACGCUUCUUCAACUUCCACUGAGUAUGGAUUCGAUGACACCCUCAGUUGUCCAUCCAAUGACUCAGGCUCCUACGACCCAGCCUAAAAACUCUAAUUCAUACAUGAAUUUCUUAGUUUGGAACUAUAGGGGCUCUCAUAAUCCAGAAUUUAGGAGGCACUUUAGGUCUCUACUAAAUAAUCAUAGGCCCACUCUUGCUAUCCUACUUGAAACCCACAUGCAAGAUCAUACAAGCUUGCGUAAGGACUUUAAUUUUACAAAUAUGGUACAAACUUCUGCAAAUGGACUCAUAGGGGGUUUGGUGGUGCUGUGGAAUGCUGAUCUUAUUAAUGUCACAAAAAUGAGGAUCUCUGAUCAGGAAAUACAUUGCAUGGUCCAGGGACUCCAGUUAGCUUACUCACAUAAUCUUGUUCCACUGGAGGUGGAAGUGGACUCACAAGACAUUAUAAUGCUUCUCCAUUCGAACAAUGUCUCAUUUGAUAAUUUAACUACUGACUCCAGGUACUUCCUGGACAGGUUGGGUAAGCCUGUAGUAUUGCAUGCAUACAGAGAGCAGAAUAGGGUUGCAGAUAAACUAGCAAAGGCAGGUUGCAAUUUUGACAUUCAAUCAGUGGUGUGUAUUUUUGAAGACAACCCAGACUUUGCAUGGUCAGUUUUUGCGCAAGAAAGGAGUGCAGUGCAAAGACAUGUUCUGGAUCAAUUCAGGCCUCACUCUGAUAACUAUAAUAUUGUAAAUACAUAUUGUAAUAGUGGUAAAUUUAGUAGUAGUAGUAAUAUCAUUUUGUAUAAUACUUUGGCACCCGCUACUGGUGCAUCAGCAUGUGAUAGGAUACAAUAUAAGCAUCCGCCCUCUGUACGCAAUAUUUAAUAUUAAU